AUGAAAAAAAUUAUUUCCGCGCUGCCCAGUGGGCGUGCGGGAAAAUAUCCUGUGCUCCAAAGGAAUCCGUGCUCCGGCUGCACCGUGCACAUCCCGAACGUUGGGUGUGCUGCCCCAAGUUUGAGUGAACCGGAACGGAGAACAGGAACAGAUAGGGAUACAGGGCUCCGGCGGUUGACCUCGCCGUGUGCUAAGUUGCGACCUCACCGGGUGCUGCACUGCGACCUCGCCGUGGUCCGGCGUACAACGGAGAGGCCGCCCCAUCCCCGCACCUCCAUUCUCCUCCUCCGCGCCACCCCGUCACCACACCCGGUACCUACCUCCGCCAUCCAACGGCGGCUAGAUCUGCCAUCCGCCGACGCCGGAGAAGAGAACUCCAACCUUCAGGUGCACUGCUGCGUCGAGCAGGGAAUGAUGGAGUCAAUGACUAGUAUUGCUCCAAGUGUCGGGUCAACUACAACGAUGGGACUAGAAGAUGAUGCUAACAAUUUUUCCAUGAGCAAGUAGCGUCCAAGAAGGUUCAACAUCAGCAUAUUGUUCUACUUAACGAGGCGAACAUGACAGGGGUAUAUAUAUACUAGAACAUCAAGGUGCGCGUUGCCGCACCCGCCCAUCUUAGUAAUAAUAUGACCAUUUAUGAAAGAAAUAGAAGUAUAAUUUUUAAUUCAUAUUUGAAUUGAGCGCCUCAAUUUUUAGCAUAAACUACAGUAUAUUUGAAUACCAAAAUUUGGGUACACACAUAUAUAGAAGGGGCCAGAUCAAAUAAUCAUCAAAUAUCUUUGAACAAGAAAUUCCACAUGAGAUUUUACAAAUCUUUCGCAAACCCGUAAAAUAGAAGACAGAUUAAGGAAAACAUUUAAAAGAUCGAAGGUGAGUGAAAUUUAUGCAGUUGUAGCGUCAAGUACACCAAUGACCUAGAAUACUGGAUUUUACAUUUAAACUCAAGUAUAAUUCUAAGUGAAACUGCACAUAUAGAUUUGCUUCCCACUACGGUACUGGGCAUAAUAUUGAACUUAAAAUGUGCAUUGGUUGCCACGCAAGUGUAUGAAAUCGGGCACAUGUCAAGAGCUUAAUUUAACAUUACAUAUUCCAAACAAAAUAAAUUUAAUCUUUUUUAGGGAAAGAAGAAAUGAUAUUGAAUAAGCACCUUACUCAUCUUGACAGUAGCAUCAUAUUGUCCGUUGUUUGGAACAUUGUAAAUUAGUUUCUUCCAUCAAGCAGAUGAAAUCAUUAUAUAUGUACAACAAAAGUUAGCAUAAGAAAAAUAUUUGCACUGAGGGUUGCAUAUUACCGUGCAAGACUUGGCUUGUGUUUUAUGUACGGAUGCCAUGAAGUUGUAUUUUACAUAUCAUCGUUUAUCUUCUCAAAUGCUGCUGCUGCUUCAUUUUCUGAAGAGAACUUGAAGAUUUUUUUUUGGUUUUCCUAAUCACGUGAUGGCAUAGUACUUCUGUUGUACGACCGCUCGUGAAGGCGGAGUGCGUGCGGCUGGAGGGGAUUGCUGUGGAGGUGACCUUUUUUUACAUAGGGAGAGAGCACCCAGCUCAUCCUCCGGAGCAGUGGCCCGGGCACGUUGGGCCAACGACAAUGCGCGGGGAAACUGGUUAAAACGACCAUGGUGCGUGCGGCAGGACGAUCAAUUAAUCUGAUGCGUUCAUACGUGAGAUCCCACGGUUGACAACGUCAAAUCGCUGUGGAUGGCUGUAGCUAGCUCCGUUUUACUGUAUUGUAAUUGCUCCUCAUAGAUUAAAACAUGUUGAGUAUGUUUGCAAACCUUUGACUUUUACUUGUUUAUUAUUUUCCAGCACAGCCCACCUAUGGGAGCGGACACUUUUACUUUGCGUUAAAUAAUGGAUGAAAGAUGUGUUCGUUAAUGUGAUAUAUGGACCUAGUUCAAGUACACCAUGCUGAAUUUGUUGGCGCAAUAUAUGUGUAUCUACUAAUCUUCUAUACAUUGCUUUGUAACGGUUGGAC